AUAAACCAUUACUAAUUAAAAGGAAACUUACGCUAAAGUGUAAACACAUUCACAUUAAAUAGAAUUGUUCAUAACCAGAUUUUGUGUUUUAAAAGCCCCAGACAGAUAGCAAUUUAUCGUCAUAAUCAUCUUUAGCCCUAAUUUGCAUAUCAUGAAACCCUAGAACAAUAGUUUAAUGGCUUCGUCUUCUUCUUCAAGAAAGUGCCCCAACACAAACCCAGACAGAUUCAAUUCUCUUCCAGACCAUAUUGCUUGCCAUAUAAUUUCUUUUCUUCCCACAAUUGAUUUCCUUAAGCUCUACAUAACAUCCAAAACAUGCAGAGAAUUAUGCCUCUCCGCUCCCUCCUUAACCUUCGAUGCAUCACCGAUUGUACAUAUGUGGAGAAGCAACCGAGAUUCUCCAUUGUCUCAUAUCGGAAACCAGUUGACAAAGUUUCUUGCUCAACGUGGUCAAAGAAAGAUUGAAUCUUUUUGUAUUCGUUGGUUUUUAGAAACCCAGCAAUUUCAUUCAGAUUUGCCUAUUAGUUGGUUGACGUAUGCUGUAAUGUCUGGUGUCAAAGACCUUAAAACUGUAUUCAUUCCAACCUCAAAAACAAACGACUUUUACCUGCCACAUUUUCUUUAUCAUUGCGAGUCAUUAAGGUCUCUAGCUCUAGGGUGUACGUUUUUUCGAGUCCGCUGGUUGUUUCCCUCUUCAAUUCCGUUUCUCAAUCUGGAAUUCUUGACAUUAGACAGUUUGUGUGUUGAAGGUAGGUCUUUUUGUGAAUGGAUUUCAUCUUGGCAAAGAAUUAGGGUAAUAGAACUUUUUGAAGUUGAUGGGUUAGAAGAUAUUGACAUCAAGAGCUCAGUUUUGGAACGUUUGGUAAUUGUUAAUCCUUCUUCAUUUAAAAAUCUGUGUAUUUCAUGUGAAAGACUCCAAAGUUUACAUUUUAAAGCCACACUUCCUUCAUUUAAGGCCAAAGGCAGAUCAUUGAAAAUUAUUUCUACUCCUAAUCUAAAAUAUUUCACUUGGGUUGGGAAUUUGGUCGAUCAUAUUGUUUUGAAAAAUUUAGUGCAUUUGGAACUUGUUCAGUUGUCCCUUGUCUCCAAUGAACAUAACUUCCAUAUUUUGUGCAACAAACUUCUUUCUGGUAUAACCAGGACCAAAGAGCUACAUCUACAAGGCUAUUUUACCAAGGAUCUUGUCAGACAGGAUCUGAUAAGUAGUCCUUUGUUUGAUACAACUAAAUUAUGUAUCAAGGUCCAUUCUUUAGGACAUGACUUCUUCCCUCCAGCAAUAAUAUCCCUUCUUCGAAGAAUGAAGAAUUUGAAGACUUUGUGGAUACUAUCUGGUUUAGAUUCAGUUGCUGAAUUCUCGCCAACGCCAGAAGAAGACUCGUUUGAUGUGGGAUAUUGGAAACGUCAAUGUCAAGACUUAUCAUUUGUUCAAGAACUGGAGAAAGUGGAGAUAGAGAUCUUUAAUGGUGAAAGGGAAUUAGAGCUGGCAAAAUAUUUGCUCCAGUAUGCCAAAAACUUGAAGGAGAUGGUUAUUUUUAACUCAUCUCCUUUGGCAUCCUGCAUAAGAAAGAAAAUUAAUGAAUUAGCUUGCAGUAGUGAUAUAGUUGUUCUUAAGAUAAAUUGACUUGAAAUCAGCAAUUUGAGACACAAUAAUGGAUUGUUUCAUAUAUAUUAUUUGUAUUCAUGUCUAUUUUACUCUCUAA